AUGUCUAACGCCGCGACUUCGACCUAUCCCUCCUCCUCACACGGCCACUCCCAUAAAAAGUCAUCAUCUCGCUCCUCAAGGCCCUCAACGACUCCUCGGGCCCAUCCCAACCCUGUAUCCGUGGGCCAAGCGAACCCGCCGCUGUUGUCCCCGAAGACCUUCACAAAGGAUCCAAAAAGCCCUAGUCCGAGCUACUUCGGCUUCGUGGUUAAUACUGAUGAUACCAAUCCUCCUGAUUCAAACCCGGGCCACCAUGCUCGUCAGAAUUGGAAUUUUCCGUCGUCUAACGCUCAGAACUCGAUAACGAGCCCCCGCAACGUAGCCGUCGAGUCCAAUCCCGAAUUCGAAGCGUUCAGAAGGCAGUCGGAGAAAGGAGCAUUCAGCUUGAACUCCUCGUCAUUCAGCAGUCUUUCGAGUCUCGCGCGACCCGCCCAGAUUCGGACUCUAUCGGCCACUAUCAGCAGCUCUGGGCCCCAAUCACCUAUAUCACCAAACAACAAACGUCCCCACCUUGGCAAGUCCAACAAGUCAUCAGAUGCACGGGAACGGCGACCGUCCAAAGAUGGGGACUCGUUCUUCGACUUUCCGCAACAGGGCUCUCCCCUAACCAUGACACCCCGACAUAGCGUUGCGGACCACCAGCAUGCCCGCCUGUCUCUCCCAACGAGUGAACUACAGGUUCCAUCUCUCAUCAAGGCUCGAUCCGACACAGUGCCCCCCACGAGUGACGAUAAGCCGUCGAGCAUGGUCGGCCCGAAGCUGAUCGCCGAUUUACUGCGAGCGUCCGAGGAUGUACUGAUUCUCGACUUACGUGUCUAUCAGCACUAUGUAAAUUCCAGAGUUCGGGGUGCCUUGAACUUAUGCAUCCCUACCACGCUUCUCAAGCGACCAUCCUUCACAACCCAAAAGCUGUCGGAUACCUUCUCGUCAGACGCCGACCGGGAGAAGUUUGAACGGUGGCCGGCGUGCAAAUACAUCGCUGUAUACGACGCCUCAUCGUCGUUAUCCAAAGAAGCAACCAUUCCUUUCAACGUUUUGAAAAAGUUUGCAGCUGAAGGAUGGAGGGGCACGGGCUUGGUGGUCAAAGGAGGCCUACAGGCUUUUGCCAAGAUGGAGCCCAGCUUCAUCGACAAAGGUCCUAUUAAUAUUGCUGGAGGUAAUACGAACUCGCCCUUGUCGAUAGCCCCUCCAGCACACGACAAGUUGCCCGUUGCAGGCGGUUGCGCUAUGCCAUCCACCAAAAAUGCCGCCAAUCCUUUCUUCGGCAACAUCCGGCAAAACAUGGAUCUGAUGGAUGGCGUCGGCCAGAUCCCAGUGAAGAAACCAUCGAACAUGACCGAUCAAGUCAAACAAGCCCUCCCCAGUUGGCUAGACAAUGCUUCGCGAAGCAGCGACGAAGGCAAGUUAGUGUCGGAUAAGUUUCUGUCGAUUGAGAAAUCCGAGCAAAGACGUAUGCAGCAGGCAUUGAAUCUGAAGGUAUCGUACGGAACGCCUGGUGUAGAGGCCCCCGAUAAGAUCAAGGUCGCCGGCAUCGAGAAAGGAUCGAAGAAUCGGUACAACAAUAUAUUCCCGUACGACCACUCGCGGGUGCGCUUGCAAGGGGUUCAAAAUGGCGACUGCGACUACAUCAACGCGAGCCACGUCAAGGCGGAGUACUCGAAUCGGCACUACAUUGCUACGCAGGCUCCAAUACCUGCAACCUUCAAUGAUUUCUGGAGAGUGGUAUGGGAGCAGGAUGUGCGGGUCAUCGUGAUGCUCACAGCCGAGUCCGAAGGCGGACUACUCAAGAGCCAUCCAUACUGGAGUGCGGGCGAAUAUGGACCGUUAAAGCUGAAGCAGCUAAGUGAACGGACUGUAUCACUGGAUCCCAAAUCCUCCUCACCGAAGUCCCCGGCCGGGCUUCGACCGAACUUGGGGAUGCGGCGAUCGACUACCAAUACGUUGCCCAAGGAUGCCAAGGCGGACGAGGUGCGGUCACCAGCAGCGGAGAGCUCGGCAGUCGUGGUGCGGUCCUUUGCGUUGACUCACUCGAACCGACCGUUUGAGCCGAUGCGAGAGGUGACCCAACUACACUACAGCCAGUGGCCGGAUUUUGGAGCGCCUGCAAGCCCCACAGCGUUAUUGACGCUGGUCGAACAAGUGAACAAGUAUGUUCGCGGGUCGUCAACGCCGAACGCUGUGCCAAGUCCCCAGGAUGCCGCGCCCGAAGACGAGAGGCCGAUUAUUGUGCAUUGCAGUGCGGGGUGUGGGCGCACGGGAACGUUUUGCACGAUCGAUUCGGUCAUUGACAUGCUGAAGCGUCAACAUCUGGACCAGUCGCGCGACGCCGACAGCAUGGAUGUGGAUGUGGAUCGCUGGGUCAAGCGUGAUGACGAGGACUUGGUAGCCAAAGCGGUGGACGAUUUCCGGCAUCAGCGACUCAGCAUGGUGCAGAAUCUGCGGCAGUUUGUCUUGUGCUAUGAGAGCGUCAUGCAAUGGGUUGUGGCCCGUCAAGCGGAGAAGACGAAUUACAAGGGCGACAGCAGCAUACGGCGGAGUUCUCAGGGAUAA